AUGGCUCCAGUGCCCUUGGCCACCGUUGUGCACGUCGACGCCAGUCAGUUCACGGAGCAAGUCCAUGAUUAUUUGGCCAACGCGGGCGAGAUAUCGCGUCUUUACCCGUGGAGACUAGACAGGUCGAACAGAGAGCAUUAUUUCGUGGUAUACGCGUCUGAAGCCGAGGCGGCUGGUGCGAUUGCUUUGUCGACGAACGAUGUUAUUGUGAAGCCGUUGGCACGCGCGCCACAGCAGCUGCUCGACAUAUUUAACGCCGUCGCCCGCGGCCCUUUUGGCGACCGUCCUCCCACCACAACGUCCUCUGCCGACCUCACGCCGCGCUAUACGACCCCGAGCCCGACGUCUCCCUCCUCUUCGCACUCAAACUCUGCUAGUCCCCUCACACCGACCGGCCAUCCGCGUGAGAGUGCUGAGAACGGCCAACGCGCCGCCAAACGUGUCAAGCUCUUGAAGCACGCCAUGCACACUGACCUUGCUUUUGACUCGCUAUAUGCGCCCUCGCCUUCAACGAGCAUCCCCGGGCCCUCUGGAUUACCGUACAUCUCCCUCUCUACCCGCCGCCAGACCGGUAAGCAAAUCGACGGCGGCGGAGGACUGGACCGUGGACGCUCUCGUACGCCGCCACCUGCUCUACUCUCGCCCCCUCCGUCUCCCAUCCCUGUGAACCUUGGAAGCUCGGCCGCCAAUUCCAAUGGACGGCCGCAUUCGUCGUCGUCGUCGUUUAUACCGUCUGGAGCCCCUCCGAUGCGGGCGUCGUUGGUGAUGCCGCUCUGUGGCCAGUCCAUUAGUAUUGAUUUGGAUUCCCUCGACGAGGACCCGCAAGCUGUGAUCAGUCUCCUCAAGGCCGCCGAAGCGGACAGGGACAAGUGGAUGCUCGUCGGUGGCGCGUAUCGUCGGAAAGGAAACUUGAAUGCGGCCAUAUCGGUCGUCAACAGGAUGCUCGAAGGUAUCCUCCCUACCCGUUUGAUCUCCUCGCCCUUGUCUGUUGUCUUCCAGCAUCAUUCUCUGACGUUGCUUUCGUCUGUGCUGUGUACAGUGAUGAAGGAAGCAUCCAUCGCAGAAGAACAACUGAGGCCCGCCUUUCUCAUGCUUUCCAGCUGCCUUACCGAGCUGGGCAAACAAGCGCGGCUACCGAACGGGAGGGAAACCGCAGAGUCCAACGCAUGCUUCGAACAGUCCCGCUAUUGGCUCCAAAAAGUAUAUGGCGCGCUCAAACCCGAAUUGGCCAUGGCACAACAGCAGCAGCAAGCUUCGUCCGGACGGCCAAGGGCGAUCAGCAAUAGUACCACCAGCAACGGCGCAUCCAGUCGCUCCUUCCCGGUCUCCACGCCCACGACUUCCGUUUCCUCCUCGUCAUUACCCUCUUCGGAGCAACGCGCGCUCGAAAGAGAGCUCAUGGUUCUCCGCGAUAGACACUCCUCCUUCAUCUCUGAGCUCACGGAAGCCCGCACCGCCAAACGCAAAACGGAAGACGAAUGCUCGCACGAGCGCACCCUCCGGCGACGUGCAGAGGCGCGCAUCGACGAGUUGGAGCGGCAAUUGAGCAAAGCGGACAAGAGGAUGGAUUCGGCGGUGGAGCAGGUGAAGAGGGAAGUCGAGGCGAGGAGAAAGGCGGAGGAUACGGCGGAGGCCGAGAGAAAGGCGAGAGUCGAGACGGAGAGGACGGCGGAGACGAGGGCGGAGGCGACGGUCGUUAAGCCGGCGUUUGAGGAGAUGGCGGGGUUCUUUGCGAAGGUGGCGAGGGGAGAGUUGUCGAUGGGUGCGAUUGCGGAACUUGCCAAUGGGAGGAGGAACGUACCCGGACUGUGA